CUCCUUUGACCUAGAAAUCCAAACUAAGAGGGCUGGGAGAAAGAGUGUGAGACUGAGCGGUUGGGAGUAAUAAAAUAAAAUAAAGAACAACCCUAAACUCUCGAUCCUCGUCAUUGCCGUCAACUUGGUUCGGAUAGAGAUCGAUCACCUCGCCGGCGCCGAGUCGAUUGUGAUUUGGGGAGCGGAGUUGUCAGCUGAAGCUCGGGAGAAGAACCUCAUUGAAGUUCGUUGAAAUGGAUGACAAUGAUAAGCCAACUGAGAACCCUAAACCUACUUCUGAUGCAAAUAUAACUCCUAAGAAUGAGUCAGAGAUAUCAAUGGAUUCCCUGGCACGAAAAGUCCAAGAAUCCCUUUCCCUUGCAAAGAGGCAUAAGUUUUGGGAAACGCAACCGGUGGGGCAACUCAAAGAUCUUGGGGAUACAAACCUUCCUGAAGGCCCAAUUGAGGCUCCAACUCCCCUGUCUGAGGUCAAACAAGAGCCUUAUAAUCUUCCAAGUCAAUAUGAGUGGAUUACCUGCGAUAUGGACUCUGAAGAGAUGUGUAAUGAGGUGUAUAAUCUCUUAACUUCUAACUAUGUUGAGGAUGAUGAGAACAUGUUCAGGUUCAACUACUCAAAAGAGUUUCUUCAAUGGGCACUUCGCCCUCCAGGUUAUUUCAGGAGCUGGCACAUUGGAGUGAGAGCGAAGAGUUCAAAAAGGAUGGUCGCUUUUAUAACUGGGGUUCCUGCAAGGAUCCGGGUUCGUGAAACUAUUGUAAACAUGGCAGAAAUCAAUUUUCUUUGCGUCCAUAAGAAACUUAGGUCGAAAAGGCUUGCUCCUGUAAUGAUCAAAGAAGUAACAAGGAGGGUUCACUUGGAGAAUAUCUGGCAGGCAGCCUAUACUGCCGGUGUGGUUAUUCCUACGCCCAUAACAAUUUGCCAAUAUUGGCAUAGAUCUUUGAACCCAAAGAAGCUUAUUGAUGUAGGAUUUUCUAGGCUUGGUGCAAGGAUGACAAUGAGCCGCACUAUAAAGUUGUACAAGUUGCCGGAUCAAACAGCCACACCUGGUUUCAGGAAGAUGGAGCCUCAUGAUGUUCCUGCAGUUACUCGUUUACUUCGAAAUUACUUGAGGCAAUUUGUUGUUUCGCCAGACUUUGAUGAAAACGAUGUAGAGCACUGGCUUCUUCCAAAGGAGAAUGUUGUGGAUAGUUUCCUGGUUGAAAGCCCAGAGACUCACGAGAUCACUGACUUCUGCAGCUUUUACACUCUUCCCUCUUCUAUAUUAGGUAGCCAGAAUUACACUGCACUAAAGGCUGCUUAUUCUUAUUACAAUGUGUCUACAAAGACUCCGUUAACCCAGCUGAUGAACGAUGCUCUCAUUGUGGCUAAGCGGAAAGAUUUUGAUGUUUUCAAUGCUUUGGAUGUCAUGCAUAAUGAGACUUUCUUGAAGGAACUGAAAUUUGGCCCAGGUGACGGGAAACUGCAUUACUAUCUGUACAACUACCGAAUAAGACGUGUGCUGCAACCGUCAGAACUUGGGCUAGUGCUCUUGUAGUUUGAGCAUGCAUGUUUGCUUCUAUCAUUCUCAGACGAAGCAUUCUUGUUACCGAGUGUUGGUUUUUCUAUUUCUUAGGCUGCGUCAAUGUGCUUUUAAAUCCCGUUUUUGCAUGGAAAGGAAAAUUGAUUUGGAAGUAGGAGAGCUAAAUUUUGGACUCAGCGUCAUGGUGCCCAAGUUUUCUGGAUAUUUUUGUAUCUUGUGCCUGUUGGAACUGUGGAAAGACGCUGCAUUCUUGGCUUUUAAGUUACCAAUUUGACAUUGGAUUUCUGUUGCUCAAGUUUUUUUGUUGUUUGAGUCCAUUCAUGAGCAGCAAUUUUCUUGUGAUGAACUACUUUAAGAUCACGAAACGUAGAGUUUCUGCUUCUGUUUGUGCUGAGUUUUAGACCUUAAAAUUGGGCCAAUGAAGAACUGCUCGGAUAUGAUAAAAGAGUUACGGUA